GGGGGUACGGGUGGAAACUGGAUGGAUGGAAUGGAGGAGGCUGUUUGCGGGGGAGGGGGCGAGAGGUUUAGACAGCAUGUUGUUUUGCUGGGAACGAUCACAUUCACACCAUCUGAUGGACAGUUUGUCUCAAGGACUGUCCAGCGCACACCCAUCCCAUUACGACUUGAUGCCGACACGAGACCCAUGACCUUGCUCGAAAGAAACAGGUGUCUUCUCCGGACUUUGCUUGUUUCUCUCUAGUUGCGUUUUUUUUCUUCGAUUUGGAGCCUUCUUUUUUUUAGCGGGGGUUUUUUUUUCACUCUACAACCAUACAGCAAAAGCCAUCCGGGAAACACGGACCGGCAUUGGGGAUCUAUUUGGCGGCGUUAUAUUCGAUUUCCUUUUCCUUUCCUUUCCGCCAUUUCAUUCCAAGACUUUUGUCUGAGCGAUUAUCAUCACUAUCAACGGAUUCCUUUUGUUUAUUCCCUUUUCCUUUUCCUUACAUGAUUUUCACGGGUUUUUUGCAUUCAAUGGUCCAACGGGUUUUCUUUGUGAGCGGUGUUGCAUUCCUUUUUGGGUCCAGUGUGUCUCUACGACGGCUCGGCGGUUGCGAUUACGGGUUGGUGGCAGUGGCGUGUGGGGUGUCUGGUGGGUUUUUUUAGUGUUCGAUACCUAUCUCACUGAAGUAGGAGCCGUCGUCCGGGUCUUGCAUCAGAAGAGAAGUGAUACCUCAAGGUUUUUCUUUUUCUUUUUCUUUCUUCCCUUUUCACUUCGCUCCCCUUUCUCAUCUGGGUUUGUCCUUUUUUUUCAGUUCUUUUUUUUCUCUCUCUUUCGGGGGGCGAGGGGUGGGUUUUUUUUUGCAUCGGGUUUGGUUUGGUUUGGUGGGAGGUCGGCCUGGUCGGGUCGGUGGUUGGGGGGGUUUUCGGUUGGGGUUUUCGGGCUUUUUUCUUUUCCCAUACUUACUUUACUCAAGUAUUUAUUCCAUUCGCUUUUGUUUGUUUCUCUUGGUUUCUUGGGCUUUCAUGUUUGUUUGUAUGCUUGUUUACUUGCUUGCGAUUAGCGAUUUGUUUUCUUGCUUCACCUUUUCUUGUAUGCUUUUUAGUCGGGUUGGGCUGGGGAUGGGCUGGGAUUUCUCUUUUGUUUCUGUGUGGAGGAUUACGAUUACUCUUUUGGGAGGGGGGGCUAGAUGCUGGGGCGGGUUGGGAUGGGUUGGGAUACGAUGGGCUGGAUGGAUCAAUGGUUAUGGAACAGAAACAGAUGGGACGCUCGCGCGUAUUUUGGAGGACUUUUGGACUGACAUUGCUGGAGGAGGAGGAUAGGGGACGGGAGGACGGGAAUGGGGGACAGGAUGGGGGGGAUUGUAUCAGUAACCACCUUUUUUUUGUGUUUUGUUUACCUGCCUAUCAUACCUAUGCCCUCGUUUGAAGGACAGUUUUGAAGGAUGAUUGAGAAUCGAGGAAUAUACCCCUAUACCUACUUCUUGCCUACUAUAUUGAAUUGAGUGUGUGUGUGUGUUGCCAUUGAAGACAAGACGAAGUCUGGAAUCGGCGGACUUCGCGGUGCGGUGCGGUUGUUUGCACGCACGUGGAUACCCAAGGGUGCCUAUGAUGUUUCACGGCUCACAUUGACCGGAAC